CUUGUGCCAGCUGUCCCUCCUCUCUGCCCCCCCUUCCUCCUUCUCCUCCUUGUUCCCUACAGGUGUGUCUCCAGGCUCGUGACUGCCUGUCCCACUCUCCGUUGAGACCUCCACCAGAGAGGUUACCACCCUGAAGCCCCAGUGAGUCUGAAACAGACCAACCAGUGCCGGAGAUGGAAGCCACUGAUGCCUCCCGGAGCAACGGGGCCAGCCCGGAAGCCAGGGAAGCCCGUAGCCCACCAGGCCCCACCAGCAGUGGGGAGAACGGGGCCAAGGCCGAUGGCAAAGAUGCCAAGGCCACCAAUGGGCAUGGCGGGGAGGCAGCUGACGGCAAGAGCCUGGGCAGCACCCCGAAGCCAGGUGAGGGGAAGAGCUCUCUGUUCUUGGGAAACGAGUGGCGGCGGCCCAUCAUCCAGUUUGUGGAGUCCGUGGAUGACAAAGGCUCCAACUACUUCAGCAUGGAUUCUGGGGAAGGCAAGAGAUCCCUCUAUGCUGGGCUCCAGCUGGGGGCUGCCAAAAAGCCACCUGUCACCUUUGCGGAGAAGGGGGAGCUGCGCAAGUCUCUCUUCUCGGAGCCCCGGAAGCCCGCCAUGUCCAUCGUCGAGCCCGGCGAUGUCCGGAGGAACAGCUACCCACGGGCCGAACAGGGCAUCGCCCUGCGCUCCAAGCCAGGCUUGGAGGAGGUCCUGUGUGAUUCCUGCAUUGGCAACAAGCAGAAGGCCGUUAAAUCCUGCCUGGUGUGCCAGGCCUCCUUCUGCGAGCUGCACCUCAAGCCCCACCUGGAGGGCGCUGCCUUCCGAGACCACCAGCUGCUGGAGCCCAUCGGGGACUUUGAGGCCCGCAAGUGCCCCCUGCAUGGCAAGACCAUGGAGCUCUUCUGCCAGACAGACCAGACCUGUAUCUGCUACCUCUGCAUGUUCCAGGAGCACAAGAAUCACAGCACAGUGACUGUAGAAGAAGCCAAGGCUGAGAAGGAGACAGAGUUGUCACUGCAAAAAGAACAGCUGCAGCUCAAGAUCAUUGAGAUUGAGGAUGAAGCUGAGAAGUGGCAUAAGGAAAAGGACCGCAUCAAGAGUUUCACCACCAAUGAGAAGGCCAUCUUGGAGCAGAACUUCCGGGACCUGGUGAGGGACCUGGAGAAGCAAAAGGAGGAAGUGAGGGCUGCACUGGAGCAGCGGGAGCAGGAUGCUGUGAACCAAGUGAAGGUGAUCGUGGAUGCUCUGGACGAAAGGGCCAAGGUGCUGCAUGAGGACAAGCAGACCAGGGAACAGCUGCAUAGCAUCAGCGACUCAGUGCUGUUUCUGCAGGAAUUCGGUGCAUUGAUGAGCAGUUACUCCCUCCCCCCACCCCUUCCCACCUAUCAUGUUCUGCUGGAGGGGGAAGGCCUGGGGCAGUCACUUGGCAACUUCAAGGACGACCUGCUCAAUGUGUGCAUGCGUCAUGUUGAGAAGAUGUGCAAGGCAGACCUGAGCCGUAACUUCAUUGAAAGGAGCCACGUGGAGAACGGGAGUGACCAUCGCUACAUGAACAACUAUAAUAACAGCUACGCAAGUGAGUGGAGUGCACCAGACACGAUGAAGAGAUACUCCAUGUACCUUACGCCCAAGGCUGGGGCCAGGACAUCAUACCAGCCGGCGUCCCCCAGUCGCUUCACCAAGGAGAUCAACCAGAAGAACUUCAACAAUCUCUAUGGCACCAAAGGUAAUUACACGUCCCGGGUCUGGGAGUACUCCUCCACCAUGCAGAGCUCCGACGACCUGCCCACCGUCCAAGGCAGCUCCUCCUUCUCCCUGAAAGCAGGCACUGGGAAAGUCCCCUAUCAGUUCACCACCUUGGGACAGGCCACCACAGAGUUUUCCAAACCAUUGGACACCAGUGGGCUGUUUAAAAAUAAUUCUGGCUAUCCCUCCCUCAUGAGGAACCAAAGCCCCAAGGCCCAGCCCCAGACUUGGAAAUCCGGCAAGCAGACUUUGCUGUCUCACUACCGGCCAUUCUACGUCAACAAAGGCAAUGGGAUCGGGUCCAACGAGGCCCCAUGAGUUCCAGACAGGCGGGAAUGAGGCACCGCCACCCCUGCCCUCCCCAGCUGAUCCUGCUGCUCUUGCUACUGUUGUUGUUUGGGUGGGAGGGAGCCCGGUCCUGUGCCUGCCCUCCCCCAGCCCUCUGCCAGCCCUCUUAGGGCUGUCCUGCCUUUCUUCUCCUUCCCCAUUAACCACACUCCCUCCAGACCCCUCUUCUGCUCUGAGGCUUCUAACGGUCGUCAUCUUUCUUGGGCUCAGAGGCCAAGCAUCACAGGGGUGGGAGAUAGGUGGGCUUCUCUUCCCUAACCCACUACGUUCCUCCUCUUGGGCAGGAUCAUUGGGGCUAGCAGUGGGUGCCCACGUAGUACCAGCCUGCUUCUUCAGCCCAUGUCCCUGCUGUCUUUACGCCUGCUGGGCAUUUCUCUCCAAAGCCCUUUGCUCCAUGAUGCAGUCAGUAAGUGCCUGGCCAAGACAGCUGCCCGUCUCCCAUCCGCAAGGGUCCACCUUUUUCUUCCCAGCAGCACGACCCAUCAGGAGAAGACUGGCCCUGUGUGCCCUGCUCUGGUCCUACCUACCAAUGUCCAGGCUGGCAGAACCUGCAGCCCUUGGCCACCACAGAGGGAAACUUCUCAGUGUCUUGGCAUCAUUCUGCCUGGCCUUGGGUCUCACCACAUCCACUCUGAGUCUGCAGCCCCUGAGGAGGGGCUCUCCUGGCUGGCAGGAUGAUCUCAGCCAAGAUUUUCCUCUCUUCUAUAUGCUGAGAUGAGCGAUUCCCUUGACAUGAUAUAAUCCACCCAAGAAAAUAGCUACUGGCCCAGCUGCCCUGAAGGAAAUAUCAUUUACUUAUAGAAUUUCAUUGGUUUGAUAAUUUUGCAUUUUCUUAGCAAUGGAAGUGAGCAUUCCAGUGAAAGUAUGGCUGCACUGGUAACCACCUGACACACUGCCCCCACCCCUAUCCACUGCCGUCAUCAUAGAGUCUUCCUUUGUCCUCUGACUGCCCUCCAUGUUGCAUAUUAUCAAGGGGCCGAGGGCCCGGAGAGGAGACCAAACCAGGAGCAGCAAGGUGGGGUCAUCCUUCCUCUCACAGCCCCCCUCCAGGCCUAUGAGGGCUAUGGGGAGGUUGGGCCAGCUUGCAGGGAUAAGGGAGGCGGGGAGGAAGGGAGACAUUCGGCUUGGGCUACCCCCACUGAAUAAACCAUUG